UCGCGCUUCAGUGCAGCGGAGAGUACAGACGAGGGACAACUCCACAGCUCAGAGCACCUUGCAUGUGUGAGUGUGUUUCAUGUGUGUGUGAGGGGCAUGUGUGUGAGUGUGUGUGUGUGUUUGUGUGCUCACUUUAUCUUAAGUGUCUCUCGCAAACAAAAUUAAAGGAUUUAGUUCGAUAAAGCCUCAGAGGAGUCGCAUUUCAACAUCAGAACACCUGAGAUCUGAUGCUUCCCGCCAUUACCAUGGAAACGGAGGCCAGUCACAUGCUGGAGGCGGCGCUGGAGCAGAUGGAUGACAUCAUCGCAGGUUCGAAAGCAGCAGCGGUGGAGUUUUCUAACAGCAUGUAUGACCUGGGUUCUCCCGGCAGCGCUGGUCCGCUGCAGGUCGUUCAGUUAGCUGAGGACCUCAAACUUGCUUUGGAGCUCCAACCCAACCAGGAGGGGAGAGACAGCCUCAGAGCACAAUUACCUACUGAAACAGCACAGGCGCUCAUAGACUGGCUACAGACUGGAACUGUGAACCUGUGUUCUCCAGCCAACAAUGAAACCUACCAAGAACGACUGCUCCGCCUAGAGGGAGACAAGGAGUCUCUGGUGCUACAGGUGAGCGUUUUGACUGACCAGGUAGAGGCCCAGGGAGAGAAGAUCAGAGACCUAGAAAGUUCUCUGGAGGAACACCGGCAGAAACUGGCCUCCACAGAGGAGAUGCUGCAACAGGAACUAAUGAGCAGGACCUCUCUGGAGACUCAGAAGCUGGAUCUGAUGGACGAGGUGUCGUACCUCAAACUGAAGCUGGUCAGCGUGGAGGAGACACACACCAACACACACCCACAAGAUCCCACGGACACAGAGCAGAACAAAGCUGAGUGUGUGGUAAAUCUCAUCAGUGAGCUCCAGGAGCAGAUGUGCAGGUUUCAGGAGGAGAUCAGCACUCGUAUCCAGGAGAAACGGGCCCUGGAGGAGAGGGAGGCCCAGCAGGGGGAGCCUGGAGGCAGCCAAGCCCAGGGCCACAGCCCUCAGGUCGGGUUAGCUGGCUCAGACCUGAGUCUGUCCUGCUCUGACGCCCGGAUGCACAAUGGAGGACAGACUGUACACGAUUUGCUACAAGAAGUGAAGCAGCUGAAGAGCAAAGUGGAGGAGCUGGAGGGAGAGAAGGGCCAGUAUGAGAGGAAACUAAGAGGCACCAAGGCAGAAAUCUCAGAGCUGCAGCAGCUCCUGGCCUCCAAAGACGCUGAGAUCGAAUGCCUGCAGACCCAGUUGCUGGCCAGAGCCAGCGGCACAGCCAAUGACAACGCAGAGAGAGACCAGGAAUACCAGAGGUUGAAGGUGGGGAUGGAGUCUUUGCUAGCUUCAAAUGAUGAAAAGGAUCGACGUAUAGAGGAGCUGACCAUUCUGCUUGCUCAGUACAGAAAGAUGAGGGAGGUCAUGGCACUGACACAGGGGAGUAGUGAAGAGGAGCUGAGUGACAGUUUAAGACUCAGAGCCGUCACACACAAAGCACACUCUGAUAUCCUCAGGUCAGAGAUGUCAUCAAGAGGGUCUUCUCCACUUAUGUUAUCCUCAUCUCCUUACCAGAGAGAAUUGGACUCUAGCAUCCAGAACUCCAUGGACACAUCGCUGGUGUCCGCUGGGGAUACAAGCUUCUUUAAUGGAUCGUGGCAUCAAGGCAGGUUGCUGUCCAGCAGUCUUGAAGAGUUGCAGAGUGGGUCCUUACAAAAGGCUGUAGAGGUCCAGCCAGUUGAAACUAAAUCAGACGUAGGGGCAGAGAAUCCCCACAUGGAGCUGAGCAAGUACCGAACUCUGCCAGGGAAACUAAAAAGUAAAAAGGGCGAGCAGAGGGCCGAGCUGAACGGCGACAGAGAGGGAGACGGAGAGUAUUUAUCUCCUGUCCACAGCCACGACCAGGACUACAGUCUCAUUCGCUGCAGGAGUGCCAGUGCGCCGGCUUUAGGAUCUCCUGGAAAACAUGACCUCUAUGAUGUUGGGUGUCCAGAGAAACUAGAGGAGUGUGUUCUGUCAGACCAGUCCCCUCUGUCCUCUGGAGUGGACUCUGGACAGCAGUCCCCUGUCUCACCAGAGAACAGGAAGAAUCAAAGAGGCAUUAAGAAACUCUGGGGGAAGAUCCGUCGCAGCCAGUCAGGUAGUCCUGCCCAGGUUCACGACCCCGAGAUGGGAGAGUUCAAGAGGGGAGGUUUCAGAGCCACAGCUGGACCAAGACUGGCCCGUUCAGGGAACACACGAGACCUGAAGAUGCCUUUUUCUAAGUGGAGCACAGAGCAGGUGUGUGACUGGCUUGAGGAAAUUGGACUCGGUCAAUACGGCAUCCUCGCUCGCCACUGGGUCACCAGCAGCCAGACUCUACUGUCGGCCACCCCGCAAGACCUAGAGAGGGAGCUGGCAAUCAAGAAUCCGCUCCACAGGAAGAAGCUCCAGUUAGCCAUCAAGACUUUGAGCGGCAAGCAGCCUGAGAAGUCUGCAGAGCUCGAUUACGUCUGGGUCACUCGUUGGCUUGAUGACAUCGGCCUUCCUCAGUACAAAGACCAGUUCAAUGAUGGAAGAGUGGAUGGGCAGAUGCUACAGUACCUCACUGUGAAUGACUUGUUAUUCCUUAAAGUGACCAGCCAGCUGCAUCACCUCAGCAUCAAGUGUGCCAUUCAUGUUCUCCAUGUCAACAAGUUCCACCCUAACUGCCUCAAACGCAGGCCCGGCAAUGAGAACCAGUUCACUCCCAGUGAGGUGGUCCAGUGGUCCAACCACCGAGUCAUGGAGUGGCUGAGAUCUGUGGAUCUGGCAGAGUACGCACCAAACCUGAGGGGCAGCGGUGUGCAUGGAGGGCUGGUAAUGCUGGAGCCUCGGUUUAACUCAGACACGCUGGCCAUGCUGCUGAACAUCCCUCCUCAGAAAACACUGCUGAGACGCCACCUCACCACCAACUUCAACAUCCUGGUGGGAGCACAAGCUCAGCAGGAGAAGAAGGAGUACACUGAGGCAGCGGGGUACACCCCACUCAGCAUCACAGCUAAAGUCAAGCCGAAGAAGUUGGGCUUCUCUAACUUGACUCACCUCAGAAGGAGACGGCCAGAUGAAUCCACGGACUACGUCUGUCCAAUCGAGUCGUCCUCGCUUCAGUCAGGACACUCUGCAGUGAACGGGGUGCAGGUGCGGCCCUACGCCGGCUUCAGAGGCCUGAGCCCCAUCCUGGACCGAGAGCCCGACCGCCCCAGGGACCAGAUGGCGAUCACAGAGGGUACCAUGUUGCAAAUAGAAGCUCUGUCUGAAAGCAUCAACAACCUCACAUUCCUGCUCAGCAGAGACGAGCUGCGGAAGGAGCUGAGGCGGUCUCAGACAGCGCUAGUUUGAAGGACGAUGACCCGAUGCUGUUGGCUCACUAAUGCUGUCAAUCAACCACAGAGACCUGUAGCAACCAAUCUGACACCUGUACUGUACCUCAAGCCCCGGCCUAACACUGCAGUGUGGAGCUGUUACAUCUACUUCUACCAGCCGCUGAUACCUCAUGUAACACCUACAGUCACUGUGCAGUCACACUGUAGAUUCAGUGAGCCGAGGAACACCAGUGGACUUAUACAAUGUGGAAAACAAUCAUAAAGGGUCGCUUACAAAAAUAUUUUUUUUAAUGUCUACAAUAAUGAACUGGACUGACUCAUUAGCCAUUUGGGGCAUUUUUUUUACUGCUUUCCUUGCUUCCCCAUGCAAUGUACUCUCUAACGAUCAUACUGACCACUGUGUAUUGUAUACCACCGUGUUGGUAUGUCAAAGGGGAGAACAGGAUCGUAUUAGCCAUCCCUUGUUUAGUGGCAAUAUGAUAUGAUAUGCGGAGUAUCAUUUCCUUUUAUGGAAUCUGUGAUGAAAGACUAUAAGCACAUAUGUAAUAAAUCGAGGUUCAGGCACUUUGGAAGAUCUCACAAAAGUAGCCAAAAAAGAGCCAGAUUGAAAAUUGAUUCAAUCGAUGGCAAGGAAACACACAUACACAAUGACAAUUGUGUUAAGCCAAGUUUGUCAACCAUAUCAUUUUGAAAUUAAGAGACAUUACCAGCAUAUGUUGAAACAAGCUGGUUAUUUUGUUAGAAUUGUUAGAUCUUCUCAGAGGAGACAGUAUGUGAAAGGGCUGAAUGGGACAAAAACUUACCUAAUCCAUGUUACUUUGCUGAAAUAAGUUAUAUUAUUUCAGUAGGGAAAGAUUUAAUGGAAAUUAAAUCUAGUAUUUAUUAAAUUAAGAUUCAGUAGCUACAGAGAAAAGUUUUGUCUAUUAGACUCCACUAAAGCGUCGCAUAAAAUGCAGGCCAAUGAAAUAUCAGAGAUAGGACAGAAUUUGUCUGGAGCACUGACACUGGUGGUGGUGAAAUGACUGCAGGUGUGUGAUGACAGCUUCUCAGCAAAAUGUCCAGGGACAGUUUACAGAUCAGUUUGAAAGACAGAAUCAGUGAUAUUGUAGUUAAAGAUUAGCAUUCAACAACGAAUCGGUGCAUAAAAUAUGAGAAGAAAGUUAAUCGGUCAGGUAUGGUGGUGUAUGAAAUGUGUGAACGAAAGGAGCUUUAAGAGCAUGAGAAAGUGGAAAUGAUGGCUGGAAAUGUAUUAACUUCCAUUAGAGCCCAACCAAUACAUCGUUACGGCCGAUAUAGUCAGCCAAUAUUAGCUUAUCACAGAUAUAUCGUAAUUGGUGUAUAUUUCAGUCUAUAAGUAGAAAGAAAAUGCAGUCCAGAAAUACCAGAUAUAUUUGAGGUAAUUUAAACAGUGUCACCAUUACAUAGUUUGUCCACCAGAGAGCACUGACAAGUUAAUUUUAAACUGUGAAAUGUCCCACUUAGUACAUAUCUUGGUCACAAUUCUAAAUAAAGUUGUACUAAUCAAUAUUUUUAUAUUAAAAUUGGAACAAAUGGAUGUGUAUAAUGUGGAAGGGGUUGCUUGCAGUGACGAACCAACAGAGAAUUAUCAACCAACUCUGUAGUUCCCUUUAGAGCUUUUUAGCAUCUUUUAGCUAAUUGUUUUUGUUUUACAGCCACAGCAGGCAGCUGUUUUUCAUGAAAAAGCUCUGAUAAACACACAGUACACUACCUGCCCAGCACCAAAUGGCAGACAGACAAAGUUAUAUACUAGCUGGUGAACAUAGUGGAGAGUUUAGCAGCUAAAGAGCCAGAUAUUUUUCCCAGGAGUUGGUAGAGACCAAAACAAAGCUAAAAGGAGAGUCAAUAUUGGACUUACAUUCACGUCAGGUGGACAGAAGCACGACUCCUAAUGAAUGCUAAUGUUGGUCUGUGUCUGCCCCCAAAACAUUAAUUACUGCUGCUUUAAGGAAUCCUUAUCAAAUAUAUAUAUAUAUUUAAGUCAUGUGUUCAUAUUAAAGAAUUAAUAUUGGCAGAUGUAUCAUUAUUGUAUUUUGUAAACUCACAAAUCAGCCACAAAAUAAGUUGUGUUGGUUGGGCUCUAAUUUCCAUGGAUGUUCAACAAUUUUAACAUGACAAGAAUAAUUUGUCUGGUAUCAGCACAAAUUAUGGUUCGUUUUAACCUGUUCUCCCCUAUUGUACUGUAUAUGCUUUAGUACAGCACUGUUUUUGUAUGUGUAACUGACCAUGUCCACUUAGGGAAGAAGUAAAAAUUAAAACCUACUUUUACAAAGUAUACGUAUGACUGCACAAAUGACAACAGAAAGGUACGGUAGGGCAGUACAUUAUGUUUGGUUGGAAAAAUAAAAGCACAUUGACAGAC